AUGGAGAGUUUGGGAUGGGAUGAUUCACAAAUACUCACAAACACAUCAAGUUUAUGGAGCAAUCUACAACAUUCACCAAUUACCUUGUGGAGCAAUCAAGAAAAUCAAGAAACCUUAAAUUCAAAUUCUUAUCUUUAUAGUGGAAAGAAUUUGGAUCUUACUCAAGAUAUCUUCAAUCAAAUUCAAGAUCAAGCUCGAACAUCGCAACUGAAUUCGGAUUCUGAUCAUAGAACAUCAAGAUUAGUUGACAAUACAAAUAUACUUACAAAAUCAAGACCGGUAACGCCUUGGAUAGAUUCUUCACCUCAAGAAUUAUUCUCUCCUCCUCUACUCGAAAAACCUUACGCCUCUCUCGAUCGAUCUAUCGAUUGUUUGCUCUCAGCAUCGAAUAGCAACACCGACACAUCAGUGGAAGACGACGGGAUUUCAAUGAUCUUUUCUGAUUGUAGAAACUUAUGGAAUUUCGGUGCUAAUAGUAGCGCAGCUUCAUCCGGAGAAUCAGAAAACGUUACUUCCAAUGCAAGAAACAAAGAAAAUGUCUCUCAAAGUAACUUUUCGGAUAAAAGAUGUUCUUCAAAGAGAAGCAAUGAUCAAACUGAGCUCAAAGUGAGUUAUUUUGAUUCUUCCACGACACAAGGCGGGUUUAGGCUGAUUUCGGAGAAUCAAUCGAAGCCAACGAAGCGACUCAGAUCAGAAAACUACAAGAAACCGAGUUCAUCAAACAUAAAUUUUCAGCAACCAAGUAAUUCAUCAGUAUCUUCAUCAAUAGAGGAGCCGGAUCCAGAAGCUAUAGCACAAAUGAAGGAGAUGAUAUAUAGAGCAGCAGCGUUUCGGCCGGUGAAUUUAGGGUUGGAGAUAAUUGAGAAGCAGAAGAGGAAAAAUGUGAGAAUAUCAAGUGAUCCACAAACUGUGGCAGCUAGACAAAGAAGAGAGAGGAUAAGUGAGAGAAUUAGGGUUUUGCAGAAGCUGGUCCCAGGUGGGAGUAAGAUGGAUACUGCUUCAAUGCUGGAUGAGGCUGCAAAUUAUCUGAAGUUUUUAAGGUCACAAGUGAAGGCACUAGAAAAUAUUGGCCACAAACAUGAAGUGAAUUCUCCACCACCAAUUACUAAUUUUGCUUUCUCUUCUUUACCUUUCAAUCACAACCCUUUUCUUUCCAUGCAACAAGCUCACUUUUCAUCUCUACUUCCAAACCCUAGUCAUAUUCACCACCCUCAAACUUGAAAACCUAAACCAAAAAAUAAACACACCGAAAAAUCCGAGUUAAAUAUUUUUACAAUUACUGAACUUUAGGCUUUUUACCGAACGCUUACUAUAUUUAAUUUGUUAUAAUUUGGUAAUCGAAUUUUCAUUUUCACAAAAAUAGAAGGUUAUUACAAAAGUUCAAGCCAAUAAGGCAAUAAUUGCUUACGGGACGAUGGUAACAACACAGUUAUCCGACGUUAUGUAAGCAAUGAUUGACUUGAAUUUCUGUAAUAAUCUCUCGUUUUUAAAAUGAAAGUUCGGUUAUUGAAAUAUAAUAAAUGAAAUGUUGGUAAUCAUUAUGUAAAAAUCUAUAUUUCAGUAAUUGUAAUUAAUUUUAACUCAGGAAAAACCCUAAUAAUGGGACCCUUAAUCAUGACCCUUAUCAUUAUUUUCCCAUCUCUCAAAUGAUUAAGAAUCCAAAAAGGCCAUUUUCUAGCCUAGAAAAACAAGUAGAAAAAGCUAAUCCAAGAUCCUUUUUUACUUUCAUCAUUACAAUUCCUCUGAUCCAUAGUUAAAAAACUUUCACUAAUGAUAGAUAUCCUAAUUAUCACCAUCAUGAUGACACCCACCUCCCAAGAUUUGUUCUGUGAAGUUUCUAUUUCCUCUACCCUUUUUGCUUCUUCCACUACAGUAAUUAAGUAAAAAUUACAGUAGUGGAAAACUAGUAAAAAUUGGGAUGGAAAUAAGUUUAGGGUUUUAAUUUACUACUGCCUUUUAAGGCAUAGCAAUUAUGACACCUAUGAUUAAGAUCAAGGGCUAGAAAGUGAUUAGCACUUUUUUAAUUUUAUACUCCAUCUUUUGUUUAAUGUAUCCAAUGUACUUAAAGCUCAUUUUUCUUGGGGAUUUUGAUGAUGUUUUUUUUAAUUGUUCGCUAACCAAUGUAAUGAGACAUUCUCUUAAGUCUAGUCAGUGGUCCUGUCUCCUUGAUUCAAUCCAAAGCGUGCUCUUGAAAAUCACCCCAAAACUCAUUGCUUAGCACAUGUUUAUGCUUCUUUUUUGGCAGGUAUGGUUUAAUUUUUUCUGGUUUAUGAAUUCAAUAUCAUUCUCCCAAAUUUAAAAUAUAAUCAUUCU